CUGUUUUCCUUCUCCUUCAUUUGGUCGUCGGUGUUUGUGGAGUGAACAUUGUUGUACGUUGUGUAGAGCACGUGCCGGAUAUUUUUAAAUACAAUUUUAAAUAAUUUCAGUACCUAAUUUCACAAUGGCAGACGCAGCCGUCGAAAAGAAUGAUGCCGCACCCGAAGAAGUGACCUCCACUGAGGCGACGAAAGAGUCCCCAGUAAAGAAAUCCCCCGCCAAAAAGGCAGCAGAGCCAGCAGAGAGCAACGGCAAAGAAGAGAACGGCAGUGAAGAAGCGCCUGAGGAAGACAAAGAUGAUGAUACUCCAGCUGAGAAUGGAGAAGCUGAAGAAGACAGUAAUGACGCUGUUGAGAAUGGAGAAGCGACAGAAAAGAAAGAGACGGGAGUGAAGAGGAAAUCAGCGGCAACGGACAACGGAGACGCGCCAGAGAAGGCCGCGCCGGAGAAGAAGGCGAAAGCCGAUGCGCCCCCCGCCGACGAAGAAGCCGCCGCCUAAGCGCCGCGCCGCGCUCGGUCCCGCGCACCGCACCGGCCUGGGCCCACCUCCAGCCACAUAUCCUCUAUACAUGCAGGCUCACACGGCAACACACUUAACGUUUUUGACGGUAUCCUAUCUUAAACUUAAUAUAUAUAUUUACAUUUUUAUGUCAUAACCCGCAUAGUAAUAAAGAAAGAAAGACUACACAGUUAUUUGUUACGCAAGGCUGGAAAGUUGUUAUUUGGUCUGAAGUUGAAAUCUAUGGACCGCACUUUGACUUUGCUCAGACUUAAAUUUUAGUUAAAAUGCGACAGAUAUAUGCCAGCCGUAUAGCGCUGUCUCGUUUCAACAGUGUAUAGAUCUCGGCCUAAGCAUAGCGUGGUAUUUAACAGCACGAAACACCAUUUUGCAGCUUCUCAGCUUGUCUUAGGACGUUAGGCAUCUCAGACAAUCCUCUAUGGCAUACAUCUGAAGUACCAGAUGCCCUAAUGCUUAUAUUCUAAUAGGUGGUUCUAAUGGUUGGUCUAAAUAAUCGUCCAAGCAAGGCGAAAUAUUAAGUCAGUUUUAUGCACUGUUUUAACAUUUUGUCUUAUGCUGUCCUUAGUCUAGGUCCGCCUUUACAAAGCCAAUAAUAUGCAUUUCAUUUAUAUUUCUCAUUUAUAUAUUAUUCAUUUCAUUAUAUUUUAUUUUCAUGUAUAUUUUUGGACCAUUUUUGUUCUACCAAUGAGCAUUUGGUAGACAUCUUAAGAUUAUUUCUG